AUGACAGGGAAGACAAACUACAACGAGUUAAAGAAGAAAACAAGAAUCUCUCUGAACUCAACCUUUCAAGAAACAUAUCACAGAAGAAUCUUGAUGCACUUUGGUGAUGGAAAGUCCACUCCUUGUCUUGAUGUGCUCCCAAGACAGGAGAAGGGUUGCUCUGAUCUCAGCACCUCCGCCUUCAUCCACCUCAUGAUCCUUGCCGAGAAACCCAAUCUCAUCGUUUUCACUGGGGAUAAUAUAUUCGGAUUUGAUGCCACUGAUGUUGCUAAGUCUCUAAAUGUUGCGUUUGCCCCUGCAAUAGCAUCCAACAUCCCAUUCUCCAAGUGCCUCUUCACUCUAGCCAUCACACAUUCUCUAUUGGAGUCUCUGAAAUGGAUUGGGUAA